CAAUCCUUCUGGCAUCCACUCCCCGUCCGACACGCACAGGGAUGUCUGUCGCACCGCCGCCGGGCUUCAUGGCGCCCAACGGCAAUGUGCCGGCGUCGGCGUCGUCUUCGACGAUGACGGAGGACCAGCUCAAGGCCAAGGCGCGCAAGUGGCAGCAGGCCCAGUCGCGCCGCUUUGGCGACCGCCGAGGCAAGACGGCCUUUGUCGACACGGGCAAGCAGGAGCUGCCGCCAGAGCAUGUCCGCAAGAUCAUCAAGGACCAUGGUGACAUGAGCAACCGCAAGUACCGCAACGACAAGCGCGUCCACCUCGGUGCGCUCAAGUACGUGCCCCAUGCCAUGAUGAAGCUCAUGGAAAAUAUCCCCAUGCCCUGGGAGCAAAUUCGAGAGGUGCCGGUCGUCUACCACAUCACGGGAGCAAUUACCUUUGUCAAUGAGAUUCCGAGAGUCAUUGAGCCAGUCUACCACGCUCAGUGGGCGGCCAUGUGGUUGGCGAUGCGGAGGGAGAAGCGCGAUCGGAGGCAUUUCAAGAGGAUGCGCUUCCCGCCCUUUGAUGAUGAGGAGCCGCCGCUCGACUAUGGCGACAACAUCUUGGACGUUGAGCCCCUCGAGGCCAUUCAGCUGGAGCUCGACGAGGAGGAGGACGAGGCGAUUAUUGACUGGUUCUACGACUAUAAGCCUUUGGCAGACGAGCCAAAGUACGUCAAUGGACCCUCAUACCGCUUCUGGUCGCUCGAUCUGCCGCAGAUGGCUGCGCUGCAUCGGCUCGGAAAGACGUUGCUCUCCGACUUCACCAGCGGUGACCGAAACUACUUUUACCUCUUUGACAAGAAGAGCUUCCUCUCCGCCAAGGCACUCAACGUGGCCAUUCCUGGUGGCCCGAAGUUUGAGCCGCUGUUCAAGGACGUCGAGAACUUUGACGAGGACUGGACAGAGUUCAACGACUUGCGGAAAGUCAUCAUCCGGCAGCAGAUCAGAACUGAGUACAAGAUCGCCUUCCCCCAUCUGUACAACAGCCGGCCGAGGUCGGUGCACAUCACCGCCUACCACGAGCCCAAGAAUGUCUACAUCCGGACCGACGACCCAGACCUGCCGUGCUUCUACUUUGACCCUGUCAUCAAUCCGAUUUCGUCCCGUGGGCUCGGUAACCUGGACAAGUUCCGCGAGCACUUUGACGACGGUGAACCCGUCGUCAAUCACGAAGACGCCGUCUUUGGCGAGGGCGUCGAGGGCGAUGACGAGCUGCCCGACGAGGUGGCCUUCAGUCUCCCGGAAAACGUCGAGCCGUUCCUGCAGGACAAAGAGCUGGAGAAUGAUCUGACAGCGGAUGCAAUUGCACUCUGGUGGGCCGCGCCUCCUUACAAUGUUCGCAGCGGCAAGACAAAGAGGGCGCUGGACGUACCGCUCAUCAACUCGUGGUACCUGGAGCACUGCCCGCCAGGCCAGCCAGUCAAGACUCGCGUCUCCUACCAAAAGCUUCUCAAGCGCUACGUGGCAAACUGCCUGCAGUCAAGACCACCGAAAGCAGGUACGAAAAAGUACCUGCUGCGACAACUCAAGGGCACCAAAUUCUUCCAGACGACGACGCUCGACUGGGUCGAGGCAGGCUUGCAGGUCGUGAGGCAAAGCUUCAACAUGUUGAACCUCCUCAUUCACCGAAAGGGUCUCCACUACCUCCAUCUCGACUACAACCUCAAUCUGAAACCAGUCAAGACACUGACGACAAAAGAGCGCAAGAAGUCUCGAUUCGGCAAUGCCUUCCACCUCGUCCGUGAGCUCGGUCGGUUAGUCAAGAUUGUCGUUGACUCCUUUGUCAUGUACCGACUCGGCAACGUCGACGCUUUUCAGCUUGCUGAUGGUCUUCAGUACACGUUCAAUCACGUCGGCACCUUGACCGGCAUGUACCGGUACAAGUACAAGCUGAUGCAUCAGAUCCGCGCAUGCAAGGACCUGAAGCACGUCAUCUACCACCGCUUCAACUCGGGUCCCGUUGGUAAGGGCCCCGGUGUCGGCUUCUGGGCUCCCUCGUGGCGUGUCUGGAUGUUCUUCUUCCGCGGUAUCGUGCCGCUGCUCGAGCGGUGGCUGGGUAAUCUCCUCGCGCGUCAAUUCGAGGGAAGGAACUCCAAGAACAUGAGCAGCACGAUCACCAAGCAGCGAGUCGAGUCGCACUACGAUCUCGAGCUUCGUGCGGCAGUCAUGUCGGACCUGCUCGACAUGUUGCCCGAGGGCAUGAAGAAUAACAAGGCAAAGACGUGCUUGAGCCAUCUGUCCGAGGCAUGGCGCUGCUGGAAAGCCAACGUGCCCUGGAAGGUGCCUGGCAUGCCGACGGCGAUUGAAAAUCUCAUCCUGCGCUAUGUCAAGAGCAAGGCCGACUGGUGGACAUCCGUGGCCCAUUACAACCGAGAGCGAAUCCGCAGAGGCGCUACGGUUGACAAGACGGUGGCGAGAAAGAACCUGGGUCGUCUUACGCGGCUCUAUCUCAAGGCGGAACAGGAACGUCAGAACUCCUACUUGAAGGAUGGACCCUACAUUACGUCAGAGGCCGCGGUCGCCAUCUACACGUCGACUGUGCACUGGCUCGAGUCGCGCCGCUUCCAGCCGAUUCCCUUCCCCUCGCUCAACUUCAAGCACGACACCAAGCUCUUGGUGCUGGCGUUGGAGAAGCUCAAGGAGGCAUACAGUGUCAAGGGUCGUCUUAACCAGAGCCAACGAGAAGAGCUGGCGCUCGUUGAGCAAGCCUUUGACAAUCCGCACGAGACGCUUGCACGCAUCAAGAGGUUGAUGCUGACGCAGAGGGCUUUCAAGGAGGUCGGCCUCGAGUUCUACGAUACCUACGCGCAGAUCAUUCCCGUCUAUGACAUUGAGCCUCUGGAAAAGAUUACCGACGCCUACCUCGACCAGUACCUCUGCUAUGAGGCUGACAAACGCCAGCUUUUCCCGCCGUGGAUUAAGCCUGGCGACUCAGAGCCGGCACCUCUGCUUGUGUACAAAUGGUGCAACGCCGUUAACAAUCUCCACGAUGUGUGGGAGACGGCCAACGGCGAGACCAAUGUCAUGAUGGAGACGCAGCUUAGUCGCGUCUACGAAAAGGUCGAUUUGACUCUGCUCAACAGGCUUUUGCGUCUCAUCAUGGACGCUAACCUGGCGGACUACAUCACGUCGAAGCAGAACAUCUCCAUCGUGUUCAAGGACAUGGCGCACAUCAAUACCUACGGCAUGAUCCGCGGGCUUCAGUUCUCCGGCUUCGUGUUCCAGUACUACGGCCUCGUGCUGGACCUGUUGAUCUUGGGUCUGGAGCGCGCCUCGGAGCUGGCUGGGCCUCCACAGAUGCCCAAUGGCUUCUGCCAGUUCAAGGAUACCGCUACCGAGACAAAGCAUCCGAUCCGCCUCUACUGUCGCUUCGUUGAUCGCAUCCACAUCAUGUUCCGCUUCACGGCCGAAGAGUCGCGCGACCUCAUCCAGCGCUACCUGGCAGCGAACCCGGAUCCGACGAACAGCAACUAUAUCGGCUACAACAACAAGCGCUGCUGGCCGAAGGAUCUGCGGAUGCGUCUCGUCAAGCACGAUGUCAACCUUGGGCGAGCCGUAUUUUGGUCCAUCAAAAACAGACUGCCACGGUCCUUGACGACGAUCGAGUUUGAGGAUUCGUUCGUUAGCGUCUAUUCCAAGGACAAUCCGAACCUCCUCUUCAGCAUGCAGUUCUUCGAGAUCAGAAUCCUGCCCAAGAUUCGGCAGGGCGAUGUGAACACCGACCACGAAGGUGUUUGGUCGCUCGUCAACAGUGGUUCGGGCGAGCGCACCGCUCAAGCUUUCAUCCGCGUGUCCGACGAGGGCAUCGGCAACUUCAGCAACAGAGUCAGACAGGUUCUCAUGGCGGCUGGUGCGACGACCUUCUCGAAGAUUGCCAACAAGUGGAACACGACGAUUAUCGCGCUCGUCACAUACUAUCGCGAAGCCGUCGUCACGACUCCGGAGCUCCUUGACCUCAUCGUCAAAGCCGAGAACAAGGUGCAGACAAGAGUCAAGCUUGGCCUGAACUCCAAGAUGCCAAGUCGUUUCCCUCCCGUGGUCUUCUACAGUCCCAAGGAACUCGGUGGCCUCGGUAUGAUCUCGAUGGCACACGUGCUCAUCCCGACGGCGGAUCUCAAGUACUCCAGGCAGACAUCCGAAGGUGGUUUGACGCACUUCCGGAGCGGUAUGACGGCGCAGGAGGACUGCCUUAUCCCCAAUCUGUACCGGUACAUCAUUCCUUGGCAGUCCGAGUUUGCCGACAGCGCUCGCGUUUGGUCCGAAUACGCUCAGAAGCGCAAGGAGGCUGCCCAGCAGUCUCGGCGCAUCACGCUCGAGGACGUCGAGGAUUCAUUCGAUCGCGGUAUUCCUCGAAUCUCGACGUUGUUCCAGAAGGACCGCACGAUUCUGUCGUACGACAAGAUGCACCGUCUCCGGCAGUACUUCACUCAGUACCAGAUUCUCAAGUCGAACGACUACCGCUGGACCAACCAGAGGCACGAUGGAAAAUUGUGGAACCUGAACUCGGCCCGUGUUGACAUGAUCGCAGCCUUGGGUGGUGUCGAGACGAUCCUGGAGCACACCCUCUUCAGCGGCACGGGUCAUCCUACUUGGGAGGGUCUGUUCUGGGAGAAGUCGUCGAGCUUCGAAGAGAGUAUGCAGUCCAAGAGGCUGACCAAUGCCCAGAGGAGUGGUCUCAACCAGAUUCCCAAUCGUCGAUUCAGCCUGUGGUUCUCGCCCACGCUCAACCGAAGCUCCGUCUACGUUGGUUUCCAGGUCCAGCUGGAUCUCACUGGCAUCUUCAUGCACGGCAAGCUGCCAGUGCUCAAGAUCUCCUACAUCCAGCUCUUCCGAGCCCACUUGUGGCAGAAGAUCCACGAGAGCGUCGUCAUGGACUUGUGUCAGGUCUUUGACCAGGAACUCGAGGCACUGCAGAUCGAGACGGUCCAAAAGGAGACGAUCCACCCGCGAAAGUCCUACAAGAUGAACGCCAGUAGUGCUGACGUGGUCCUCUUCAGCUCGUACAAGUGGCCCAUGAGCCGUCCUUCGCUCUUGACCGAUUCGCGCGACGUGCUUGACAACUCGAGCUCAGCAAAGUGGUGGCUCGACGUCCAGCUUCGUUGGGGAGAUUACGAUAUGAACGACGUGGAGCGAUAUUCGCGCGCCAAGUUCCUCGACUACACGAGCGAUUCGACCUCGAUCUACCCAUGCGCUACGGGUGCGCUGCUGGCCAUCGACCUCUGCUACAACAGGUACUCGGGUUACGGCAACUGGUUCCCGGGCUCCAAGCCUCUGAUUCAGCAAGCCAUGGCCAAGAUCAUGAAGGCCAAUCCGGCGCUGUACGUCCUGCGCGAGCGAAUUCGCAAGAGCUUACAGCUGUACAGUUCCGAGCCUACGGAGCCGUACCUCAGCUCGGGCAAUUACGCUGAGUUGUUCUCCAACCAAGUGAUCUGGAUGGUCGACGACACCAACGUCUAUCGAGUCACUAUCCACCGCACGUUCGAGGGCAACCUGGUCACAAAGCCGAUCAAUGGUUGCAUCUUCAUCUUGAACCCGCGAACGGGCCAGCUCUUCCUCAAGAUUAUCCACACAUCCGUCUGGGCCGGCCAGAAGCGUCUCGGUCAACUUGCCAAGUGGAAGACGGCCGAAGAAGUGGCGGCUCUCGUUCGCUCUCUGCCCGUUGAGGAGCAGCCCAAGCAGGUCAUUGUGACCCGAAAGGGUAUGCUUGAUCCUCUUGAGGUCCACCUGCUCGAUUUCCCCAAUAUCGUCAUCAAGGGAUCUGAGCUGCAGCUGCCCUUCCAGGCUUGUCUUAAGCUGGAAAAGUUCGGAGAUCUGAUCCUACGAGCCACGCAGCCCCAGAUGGUCCUCUACAGCCUCUACGACGACUGGCUCAAGAGCAUUUCAUCCUACACGGCGUUCUCCCGGUGCAUCCUGCUCCUUCGUGCCCUCCACGUCAACCAAGAGAAGGCCAAGAUCAUCCUUCGACCCAACAUCUCGACGGUCACGGAGCCUCAUCACAUAUGGCCGACCCUUUCGGAUGACGAAUGGAUCAAGGUCGAGAUUGCACUUCGUGACUUGAUCUUGACCGACUAUGGAAAGCGCAAUUCGGUCAACGUGGCCUCGCUCACAUCGUCGGAAAUUCGAGACAUCAUCCUCGGUGCUGAGAUUCAAGCGCCGUCUGUGCAACGCCAGCAGAUGGCUGAGAUCGAAAAGAGCGCAGAGGCGGCACAGCAGGUCACGGCAACCCAGACGCGCACGACGAACAUCCAUGGCGACGAGAUCCAGACAGUGACGACGACCCAGUACGAAAACCAGGUCUUCUCGUCGAAGAGCGACUGGCGCAUCCGAGCACUCUCUGCGACCAACUUGCCGCUGCGAUGCCAGCACCUGUAUGUGUCCAACGAGGAUGUGCGUGAGGAUGCGGGUGCCUUGACGUACGUCAUGCCCAAGAAUGUCCUCAAGACAUUCAUUGUCAACUCGGACCUUCGGACGCAGGUCGUUGGUCUGCUCUACGGUGCUUCACCGUCGGAUGCGCCCUCGGUCAAGGAGAUCAAGUGCAUCGUCUGGGUACCGCAGCGGGGCAGCAACAACGGCGUCGAGAUGCCGGGCGAUCUUCCCAAGCACGACUAUAUGCUCGCUGGACUGGAGCCUCUGGGACGAAUCAAGACGCAGAGCUUGGACCUUCCUCACCUCAGUGCGCCCGACGUUGUCUCGCACGCGCGUCUGAUGGCCCAGCACGAGGAGUGGGGCGCAAGCAGCAUCACGCUGACGUGCGCCUUCACGCCCGGCUCCGUCUCUUUGUCUGCCUAUUCUCUCUCCGUUCAAGGCUUCGAGUGGGGUCGCAAGGCGACAGCCAUCGAUGCGGCAGGCAAUCCGCAAGGCUUCAACCCCAACGGCUCGGCCGACCGCGUCCAGCUGCUGCUCUCUGACCGAAUCCUUGGCACAACGCUUGUGCCAGUCGACCGUGUGUGGAACUAUGGCCUUUCACUCAGUGCAACGUGGACGCCGACCAUGAAGACACAGUAUACCGUCGACCGGCCGCCGUCCUUCUGGGACGAGAUGCACCACUCGCACGUUUUCCUCAGCUUCACUGACAACGACGAUGCGCUUGAGGGCGCAGACGUUGAAAAUCCUCUGGAAUAGGCUGCUUCCUUCUCUUUCCCUUUGCAUUUUGUAUCAUCAUGAAUUGAAUGAAUUAUCGAAAAGUCCAGUACUCUUGUAG